AUGAGGCCACCGUCAGUCACAGAUGGUCACGCCAAGAACAGGUCGCUGCCCCUCUCGACAUUCAUCGAGAUGCUCAUGGCGUCAUGGGCCCCAUUCACGCGCGCGCGUAGAGUAGGUCCCGGUUCUUUCCUGCUCCCAACCACCGCCAUGCCUCCCCCGAUUGUCCUUUGCCUGCUCCUCGUCCUGCUCGCCGUGCCAUGGUCUUCCUGCGAGGCGGCGACGGCGGGGACGAAGCCGCUGCUGCUGUCGCUGCGGGCGCGGCAGAUGCCGGCCAGGGCGCUGCCGCGGCAGCCGAGCAAGCUGCGGUUCCACCACAACGUCAGCCUCACCGUCUCGCUCGCCGUCGGCACGCCGCCGCAGAACGUUACCAUGGUGCUCGACACCGGCAGCGAGCUGUCCUGGCUGCUCUGCGCGCCGUCCAGCCGCAACGCCACGACGACGACCUUCCGCCCGAGAGCCUCGGCCAGCUUCGCCGCGGUGCCCUGCGCCUCCCCGCAGUGCCGCUCCCGCGACCUGCCGUCCCCACCGGCCUGCGACGGGGCCUCGCGGCGGUGCCAGGUGUCCCUCUCCUACGCGGACGGGUCCUCCUCGGACGGCGCGCUGGCGACGGACGUCUUCGCCGUCGGCAGCAGCGCGGCGGCGGGGGCGCCGCCCCUCCGCGCGGCGUUCGGCUGCAUGUCCUCCGCGUUCGACUCCUCCCCGGACGGCGUGGCCAGCGCGGGGCUGCUGGGCAUGAACCGCGGCGCGCUCUCCUUCGUGUCGCAGGCCAGCACCCGGCGCUUCUCCUACUGCAUCUCCGACCGCGACGACGCGGGGGUGCUGCUGCUGGGCCACAGCGACCUCCCCACCUUCCUGCCGCUCAACUACACGCCCCUGUACCAGCCGGCGCGCCCGCUGCCCUACUUCGACCGCGUCGCCUACUCCGUGCAGCUCCUGGGCAUCCGCGUGGGCUCCAAACACCUGCCCAUCCCGGCGUCCGUCCUCGCGCCGGACCACACGGGCGCCGGGCAGACCAUGGUGGACUCGGGCACGCAGUUCACCUUCCUCCUCGGCGACGCCUACGCGGCGGUGAAAGCCGAGUUCUUGCGGCAGACCAGGCCGCUCCCGCUCCUCCGGGCGCUGGACGACGACGAGGGCCCGGGCUUCGCGUUCCAGGAGGCGUUCGACACCUGCUUCCGCGUGCCCCGCGGGCGGGCGCCGCCGGCGGCCCGGCUCCCGCGCGUGACGCUGCUGUUCAACGGCGCGGAGAUGGCGGUCGGCGGGGACCGGCUGCUGUACAAGGUCCCCGGGGAGCGGCGCGGGGGCGGCGACGCCGUGUGGUGCCUCACGUUCGGCAACGCGGACUUGGUGCCCAUCAUGGCGUACGUGAUCGGCCACCACCACCAGAUGAACCUGUGGGUGGAGUACGACCUGGAGCGCGGCCGCGUCGGCCUCGCCCCCGUCCGCUGCGACGUGGCCAGCGAGCGCCUCGGCCUCAUGCUCUGA